AUGUCGGAUCAGGAGUGCUACAAUUGUCACGAAACUGGACACAUCUCGCGCAACUGUCCGAAUGCGGAUAACGGAGGGCGCAGAACCGGCGGAGGAGGAGGAGGCUGCUACAAUUGCGGCGAACCCGGACAUAUUUCUCGCGAAUGCCCACAAAAGAGUGGAAGCGGAGCUCGCGGCGGUGGCGGUACAUGCUAUCAAUGUGGAGGACGUGGACAUUUUGCUCGUGAAUGCCCGUCGGAUCGCAAUGGCGGUGGAAGAUAUCGUUCGGGAGGUCCAGGACAAAAAUGCUACAAUUGCGGCCGCGGUGGACAUAUUUCUCGCGAGUGCACUGAAAAUGGUUCAGUCGACCAGAAGCGAUGCUACAACUGCCAAGAGACUGGACACAUUUCCCUUUCCGAUUUGCACUCGACGCCUUGCUGGAGUUAUAUUCUGCGCGUUACUAUUGCCAUGAGUUGCUGUUUCCCAAAAAAGCUGCUGAAUCGUUCAAGACGCGAGGAUCGCUACAAAGUCAAGGACGAUCCGGAAGAUGUGGAAGCUCCUAGAGAUGAAGCCGCUCGCGAACCCCAAUUUUCCUGGGAGAAACGCGAAAACGUCGAUACAAGCAAAUACGUAAUAGCGGAUAUUCAUAGCAAUAUUCAUAAGCGAAUUGGAAUGGACAAGGAUUCAAUGCAAAUCGAAAAUUGCACUGAGUCGUCGAUAUUCCUUCUCAAGCCCACUGCUAGUUUGACGGUCGAUGAUUGCCGCGAUUCGCUUCUGAUUCUUGGACCCUGCUCGGGAAGUCUUUUCAUUCGCGACUGCUCGAAUUGCACCAUUUUGGCGGCGUGCCAACAGCUGCGAACUCGCGAUUGCCAUGAUAUUCGCCUGGCGCUUCUAUGCCCAACUCAGCCGAUCAUCGAAAAUUCCGAUGACGUUCAUUUUCAUCCACUCGCGCUUUAUUAUGAUGAUUUUAAAGCGCAAAUGCGUGAAGCUUCAUUGAGCUUAUUCACGAAUCGCGUCGUUUCCGUUCAUGACUUUACGCCGGAAACGGGAAAACGCAAUUUCCGAGUUCAUGAGACACUCGUGUCGUUGAAGCCUGAAGAGAUUGACGCAAUGCAUAGUCAUGGGAUCACUACCGACGAGAAAUCCUCGAUUCUUCCAGUUUUUCGAAUCGCGAAAGACGACCCGUUGGCUCAUUCAUUCAUCUAUUCUUGUCGAGACUCCGACGAGACCGCCGACGAUUUUGCCGAACGCGGAAUGGAGUUCUCAAGAAUUCUCAAAUCAUCCGACAUUCAUCUUUGCGCCACGUUCGAUUUGGACAUGACGAAAAUCGACAAAAAACUGAUUCCGAUUCAAGGAGAUUAUUCGGGUCUCAUCCUCUUCGAAGUUUCCGGCGAUGCGGUCGACAUUCGAAAAAUCUGCCAAGACCACUUCGAUUUGUUUAAAGUCGCCGACGACGACCUCACACCGCAAAUGCGUCAACUCGUCGAGAAUCUGAGUGCGAAGCGCGAUUGA